GUAUAUCUCAAGGAAGUAGACUUCAAUCACAAUUGUUAUUUUUGUUGUAGUAGUGUUGGAUACGGUUGUUGGUAUUGUACAUAAUUACUGAUUGAUGAUUUGAUUUCAGUUACGAUUCUUCCUGAUUCUCGGCUUUAAUCCCCUAACAUCCAUCCUUUCUCUCGUCCCAUUCUCAAGCAUAAACAAAACCCUAAAAUUCAUUUAAGUCAAAGAUAUAUAUAUACUCGAUCGAUCGGAGCAGAAAUUAAUUAGUGUCCUCGAUCUAGGUAAUUAAUUGAAUAAAAUGGAGGUAAUGAAGAAGAUUAUCAUGUUGAUUUUGGUAUUCCCUUGCUUAAUUAACGCGGCAUCCUCGGAUGGUGGCGCCGUCCUAAAUGAUGAUCACAAAUCUAAACCGUACUUGGCUGUGGAUAAGCUAAGUAGUAGUUCAAGUGGAGGAAGUUCUCGUGGAGGAAGUUUUAGUAGUGGAGGAAGUUCUCGCUCGUUUGGAGGGAGUUCUAGUAGUGGCGGAAGUAGUUCUCGCUCGGGUGGAGGAAGUUAUCGUUCCGGUGGAGGAGGUUACCGUUCCGGUGGAAGUAGUAGUGGUUAUAGUCCUUAUAAAUAUCCAUAUUAUACAAACACAGGUGGUGCUAAUAAUAAUGACUACACUGGUGCCGCCGCCGCUGCUCUUCCUACUUUGGCUACUCCUAUUUUGGGCUUACUCCUUUUGUGCUUAUUAUUAGCUAAUUAUAAUUAGGAUCCCCAUCCCCUGACAUAUAUAUUAUAUAACAAUAUAAGAUGUAGUAGUUCUAUUCUAGUAAUAUUGUAGUCAUCCUAAUGUCGCGUCGAAUAGUAGGAUAGAUAUUUUAUUUGUUGUGGUUUUAUUUUUUCAUAUAAUCUAUUGAAUUGUCGUUUGUUCGUA